AUGACCGACGAGCAAUCACCUCCACUUGUCCCGCGAACGACUCAUCGAUUGCGAGAUCAACGACCUCAAUCCCCCAAUCGCCCCUCGAAGCUUGCCAAAAUCGACGGCGGCGAUCUCUCCGGCGGCGUAGAGGAAGAGGAGGAACAGAGAGAGUCCAUUGGUAGUGUUAUGAGUUCGAACCCAAAGCUUCAAAGAUACCUCAUAGCAAUUGAGUACAUUGGCACUCGAUUUUCCGGUGCACAGAAACAACCCACCGGCAGGACCGUUGUGGGUGUUCUCGAGGAUGCGUUCCAGAGAUUCAUUGGGCAGCCCGUCUCCGUUUUCUGCUCCAGUAGAACAGACGCCGGUGUUCAUGCACUAUCAAAUGUCUGCCAUGUAGAUGUUGAGAGGAUAAGCAAAAGAAAGCCUGGUGAAGUGUUACCACCUCACGAGCCUUCUGUGGUCAAAAGAGCCGUUAACCACUUUUUACAGAAAACAGAAGGGGAUUUAAUGGUGAUUGAUGUCCGAUGUGUCCCAUCAAAUUAUCACGCUCGAUAUAAAGCCCAAGAGCGCACGUACUUCUAUAGAAUAUUAUCUGGGAAGGGGCCUUUGUCAGCUUUUGAGAAAGACCGAGCUUGGCAUAUUCAAGAAGAACUUGACCUUUUAGCCAUGCAGAAAGCAUGCCAAGUACUUAUCGGGCGUCAUGAUUUUAGUUCUUUCAGGGCAGCUGCGUGCGAGGCCAAGUCACCCAUCAGAACUCUAGAGGAGCUAACCGUAACUGAGGUUGUUUCAAGCCCAUAUUUUCCUUCUCUUUUGGAGAGAGAACAGAGCAAUCGUGCAGCUGUAGAUGCAGCCUCAGUCUCAGACAAGUCAGAUGCUGAUUCUGUUCCAUGUAUUGUGAUGCCCUGUAAUAACCCCGUUGGGGAUCUCUCUGGAGAAUCUAUUCAGGGAUUUGGCAUCAAGGAAAGACACCGGUGUUUUGUGGUCACCACACGAGCGCGCUCUUUCCUUUACCAUCAGGUUAGAUUGCUCGUUGGGGUUCUGAAAUCUGUGGGCACUGGCGAUCUCUCAGUCCCUGAUGUUGACCGAAUCUUGAAAGCAAAGGAUGUAAGAGCUGCGAGUCCUAUGGCCCCCGCAUGUGGUCUCUAUCUCGGACAUGUGAAAUACGAUCUCCCUCCAAAUAUGUGA